GUGCGUGUUGUCUCCAACCAUUUUGUUUUAGAGAAAAAAGAUUCUAUAAAGUAACAGACGCAACCAAAAUUCACAUUGCUGUUUAAUUAGAAUAACGUUUAGCUACUUUCUCCACUGACUAAAUUCCCAGAGUACAACGCAAUGGCACAAAACAUCAGCCCCGAACAGAGUGGUGGUGCUGGUGGCAGUAGCAAACACAACGAUGACUUGCUGCCUGUUAAAGACAAUCAUGCUGUGAGCAAAAGACUGCAUAAAGAACUCAUGAAUCUAAUGAUGGCGAACGAGAAGGGAAUUUCUGCAUUUCCCGAUGGUGAAAACAUCUUUAAAUGGGUCGGAACCAUUGCUGGCCCAAUCAACACGGUAUAUGCAAGCCAGACAUAUCGUCUGUCGCUCGACUUUCCUAACUCGUAUCCUUAUGCGGCGCCUGUGGUGAAAUUCCUGACGCCAUGCUUUCAUCCCAACGUUGAUCUCCAGGGCGCUAUUUGUCUGGAUAUACUCAAGGACAAGUGGUCAGCGCUGUACGAUGUACGCACCAUAUUGUUGUCAAUACAGUCACUGUUGGGCGAGCCAAAUAAUGAAAGUCCACUGAACGCGCAGGCCGCAAUGAUGUGGAAUGAUCAAAAGGAGUACAAAAAAUACCUCGACGCAUUUUAUGAGAAGCACAAGGACACCUAAAAACAAUAAAUGUAUUGAAAAAGAAGCAACUGGCGGCGGCCAUUUACACUCAUCCUAUGCUCAUAUUGCGGCGUAUUUAUUUACAGUUUGAUGGUGCCGCAAAGCAGCCGCACCUACAACAACACUCCAAUCAUCUCCCACAUCAAGAUUAGAUUAUGCUUUUUUGGCACAUGUGCAUUUCCCUUAAAUCUAAUUGAUAGGCGCUUUUUGAUUUUUUUUAAAUUAUUUUUCAACAAAUCAAUUAUAUAUUAUUUAAUGAUA